GUUAGCAUGAUUCAAAUAUUAAAUAAUUUUUAUUAUUUAAAUUAUUUUAAUAAAAAACACUAGUUGAACUAAAACCUUUCAACAGAUUAUUUAAAAAAAAGAUUUAAAAAAAAAAAUUAAAAUUUCAACAGCUCCAUAGUGGUAUGUAUAGUCCAUAUAGACAUAGUUGUGUAAAGGUGAACCAGAACAACCACAGCCACAAAAAAGGAAAACAACAAAAUCACACAAAAAUAAUCUCAUUUUUAUGCUUACGAUUACAAACCAUUUAAUCCUUGUAUUUACUGUAUAGAUAGUGUGCUGUUCGCUGGAUUCUUGUCAACUAACUCCGUUACAAACCUCAAAAUAAAGGUUGUAAAAGAAUCUCCUUGGGUAAAGCGACUCACUUUAGCUUUGGAGUUAUGCAAUACAUGUUCUGAUGGUGUUGCAUGUUCAGGCUUAAGAUGGGCACGGCUGCUGUCGUUGGGCUUAGUGCUGGAAAAAGUCUUUUGAGCACCUCUUUCUAUUAUUCUGAUCUUACCGAAAAGCUCUCUUAUGUCGGUGAACAACAGCAGCUUGCUCCUACAAAAAACGUGAUUCUUGCAAGGAAAUCAGCUAAUUUUAAUCACAGAGGAUCAUCAAUCAAGGCUCUUAAGGAAUGUAUAGAUGGUGCUACUAUCAUUCCACCAAUUUCUGAACCAUGGAUUCCUAGAUCUUCUCCUUUGGAAGAGAAAACUUUGGGUCCUGAAACACCUUUAGAAGCUUUCCUUAUGCUUCAAAAGUCUAUGCUUGAGAAGCAGUUAGAGCUCUCCUUUGAACGCGCAAGCCCGACUGAUCUGCCUAAGGAGAAUAUCCCAAAGGAAUCGCAUGUCACGUCAUCAGGAAUUUCUGCUCGAGUACGAAGAACAAAUGCUAGGAAGAGAAGUCAGGGGAAAAGGUUCACAAAAGAAGGUAAGAGAGAUAAAUCCUCUGUGGGUACUGUGAGUGAGCUGCUUCACAAUCGCUUUAUAGGCUACGUGAGAGGUGUGACAAAUGAUGAAUUACUCACUCAUGCCCAAGUUGUGACGUUAUCUCGAAAGAUUAAAGCUGGGCUAUCCUUGGAGGAGCAUAAAUCAAGACUGAAGGAGAAACUCGGGUGUGAACCUUCAGAUGAUCAACUUGCAACUUCAUUAAGAAUGAAUCGUGCUGAAAUAAGAUCGAAACUGAUUGAAUGUGCACUAGCCAGAGAAAAGUUGACUAUGAGCAAUGUACGCUUGGUCAUGUCAAUUGCUCAAAAGUAUGAGAAUAUGGGUGCCGACAUGGCUGACCUUGUUCAGGGAGGACUGAUUGGACUUCUUCGAGGAAUUGAGAAGUUUGAUUCGUCAAAAGGUUUUAAGAUUUCCACAUAUGUUUACUGGUGGAUACGUCAAGGAGUGUCUAGAGCACUUGUGGAAAAUUCAAGAACUCUGAGGUUACCUACUCAUCUCCAUGAAAGAUUAAGUUUAAUUCGCAGUGCAAAAAACAAACUUGAAGAGAAGGGGAUAACUCCUUCAAUUGAUAAAAUAUCUGAAUCUUUGAACAUGUCUCAUAAGAAAAUCAAGAAUGCGACUGAGGCUGUGAGAUCUGUGCUAUCACUGGAUAGGGAAGCCUUUCCCUCUUUGAAUGGUCUACCAGGAGAAACAUUCCAUAGUUAUAUUGCAGAUAAUCGCCUUGAAAAUAACCCAUGGCAUGGUGUAGAUGAAUGGGCGCUCAAGCAUGAAGUAAGCAAUCUUAUCGACACAACACUGAGGGAGCGUGAGAGAGAUAUAAUACGUCUUUACUAUGGUCUCAGUGACGAAUGUUUAACUUGGGAAGAUAUUAGCAAAAGGAUUGGUUUGUCAAGAGAAAGAGUCCGACAGGUUGGAUUGAUCGCAUUAGAGAAACUAAAACAUGCGGCGAGAAAGAGAAGGAUGGAGGCUUUGCUAGUAAAACAUUAGUAUGGCAUACAAUUCACACUUCAUAGUCUACUGUAGAGCUUAUCGACUGUAUAUAUAUAAAACAGAAAUUAUGUUCACCUGCCUACAGUUGAGUAUAUAAGUUGUGCAUGAGGAGCAUACACUUAGAAUAUCCCUGUCUAUGCUCAAGAGUCGAAAAUCAAUGUGGUUUAUCUUCUGGUUCCUAAGGUUAAGCAAGAUUUCUGUAUAGUUGCAUAUAAUUAAGGGGUUACUAAUCGCAAUACAACUACUUUAUGGAUCAUGUAUUAAUACAAGUUGAGUUUUGACAUGAAUGGUAUUUUAUUUUAAUCA